GUCAUCCGCCGGGGGCCCUCUCGAACAUCAGAACUCGUAAGUGGCUUUCAUGAGAAACUAGAUCACCCAAUCAUCUCCGGGUCCGUCAAAAUUAUUUCGAUGGUGUUUUGGCGGUCUCUCCAUCCCUGCGGAAGACAAUAUCUCCUGCUUGUAGCAGCUUGAGCCGUGCCCGGGAAACGUGCGCUAGCUUCUGCACCAGAGAACCAUAAUGAGUUUCCAGAGACGGUCUGUAGCAUCGUCUCUCAAAGGCGUCCGACCUGGACUCGUCGCCACAACGUCAGCAGGAUCUUCUCAAUUAGAUUCGAUUCUCGGAGGGGGCCUGCCGCUGGGGAGCGUAAAUCUGAUCGCGGAAGAUGCUCACAAUGUCUUCGCGAUUCAAUUGACGAAAUCGUUCAUAGCCGAAGGCAUAGCUCACGGCCAUCGCGUGAUGAUUAUCGACGGAGGAACAAGCCUUGAUUUGAGUGAGCUCCCGAAGAAAAUCCCGAGGGAAUGGAAACUUCCUCAAACCAGGGACGAAAUGAAGAUCGCUUUCCGAUACGAGCGGCUACCCGAGCACCAGAGUCUUCCCGAAAGUCAAUCGGACCACAUAUUCGACUUCGUCCUCAGCAUCGAACCCGAGGAGCUUGCGAAAGCCGAUAUCGUGAGAUGCAAUUGUCUCGUACAGAGUUCGGAGGAAAUCCUCAGAAUACUGGCUUCGUCAAUCCCGAGCGAUAACGUGCUCAGAGUCGUAGCAACCGUCGGUUUGCUGCUGGAUCACAAGUUUUUGAGGACUUUGAAGAUUUUGUCUCGACACGUAAACGUCGUCUGUUGGGUCUCUGUGCCCCAUUGCUGUUCGAACGAGAGGUUCCAAAGGUUUUUCGCCAUCGCCGACGCUGUGCUCUCGCUGGUAGCGUUUUCCAGCGAUCAGCGGAAAACCAAUCCGCUUUACAAGAAGCAUCACGGCCUGCUGAAUCUCGACAAGAUCCCCGAAAUCAACUCAAUAACUGGACACAAACCCCCAUGCGUCGAAUACGCUUUCCACCAGACUGGCAAACGUUUCGACAUCGAACAGCUUCAUAUGCCACCGGAUUUGAGCGAAAGUCCCCCUACGAUGAGUUGUCAAACGUCCGGGGGAAACCGUGCAAUGGAUUUCUGA